UGGGCGGACCAAUGGCGUGGGACCCUGCCAGCGGCGGCGCCGAGCGGAGCGCUGGUGAGGGCGCGGCGGGGCCGGAGCAGCGGCGGGCGCGGCGGGGCCAUGGACCGCGUGAGCAGCUCCAUGAAGCAGGUGUCCAACCCGCUACCCAAGGUGCUGAGCCGGCGGGCGGGCGGCGGCGGCCUAGAGGCGGAGCGGGAGAGCUUCGAGCGUGCCCAGACCGUCAGCAUCAAUAAGGCCAUUAAUGCGCAGGAAGUGGCUGUCAAGGAGAAACAUGCCAGAACGUGCAUCCUGGGCACGCACCACGAGAAGGGGGCACAGACCUUCUGGUCGGUGGUGAACCGGCUGCCACUGUCGGGCAACGCUGUGCUCUGCUGGAAGUUCUGCCACGUCUUCCACAAACUCCUCCGGGAUGGCCACUCCAACGUGCUGAAAGACUCCGUGAGAUACAAGAAUGAGCUGAGCGACAUGAGCAGGAUGUGGGGCCACCUGAGCGAGGGCUACGGGCAGCUCUGCAGCAUCUACCUCAAACUGCUGAGAACCAAGAUGGAGUUUCACACCAAGAACCCCCGCUUCCCUGGCAAUCUCCAGAUGUCCGACCGGCAGCUGGACGAGGCAGGAGAGAACGACGUCAAUAAUUUUUUUCAGCUGACGGUGGAGAUGUUUGACUACCUGGAGUGUGAGCUGAACCUCUUCCAGACGGUGUUCAGCUCCCUGGACAUGUCACGGUCGGUGUCGGUGACAGCCGCAGGGCAGUGCCGCCUGGCCCCGCUCAUCCAGGUGAUCCUGGAUUGCAGCCACCUCUAUGACUACACUGUCAAGCUGCUCUUCAAGCUGCACUCCUGUCUGCCAGCGGACACGCUGCAGGGCCACCGGGAUCGCUUCCUGGAGCAGUUCAGAAAGCUGAAGGACCUCUUCUACCGCUCCAGCAACCUCCAGUACUUCAAGAGGCUAAUCCAGAUCCCGCAGCUGCCGGAGAACCCUCCCAAUUUCCUGCGUGCCUCGGCGCUGUCGGAGCACAUCAGCCCCGUGGUGGUCAUCCCCGCCGAGGCGUCCUCACCCGACAGCGAGCCCAUCACAGACCUGGUGGAGAUGGACACAGGCCCCCAGAGCCUCUUUGACAAUAAGUUUGACGACAUCUUUGGCAGCUCUUUCAGCAGCGACCCCUUCAACUUCAACAGCCAGAACGGGAUGAAUAAGGAUGACAAGGACCGGUUAAUCGAGCAGCUUUACGGGGAGAUCUCAGCCCUGAAGGAGGAGUUGGAGAACUUCAAGGCCGAGAGCGCGCGGGGUGCGGUGCAGCUGCGUGGCCGGGCCAGCGAGCUGGAGGCCGAGCUGGCCGAGCAGCGGCACCUGAAGCAGCAGGCGCAGGACGAGAGCGAGUUCCUGCGCACAGAGCUGGAGGAGCUGAAGAAGCAGCGUGAAGACACUGAGAAAGCACAGAGGAGCCUGACGGAGAUCGAAAGGCGGGCGCAAGCCAACGAGCAGCGGUACAGCAAGCUGAAGGAGAAAUACAGCGAGCUGGUGCAGAACCACGCUGAUCUGCUGCGCAAGAAUGCAGAGGUGACCAAGCAGGUGACAGUGGCCAGGCAGGCCCAGGGGGAUGUGGAGCGAGAGAAGAAGGAGCUGGAGGACUCCUUCCAGCGGGUGAGCGAGCAGGCACAGAGGAAGUCUCAGGAGCAGGCGGAGGUGCUGGACACGCUGAAGCGGGAGCUGGCAGCCAGCAGGCAGGAGCUGCAGGUCCUCCAGGCCACCCUGGAGUCCAGCACCAAGGCGGGAGCAGAGCAGAGCACCCGACUCGCCAGCCUGGAGCAGGAGCGGGACAGCCUGAGCCAGGCAGCAGAGCGGCACAGGGAGGAGAUGGCCGCCCUGCGCGCCGAGCUGCAGCAGCUGCGGGACACGCUGAGCCACCAGCAGGAGAGCAACAGGACGGAGCUGGAGACGCUGCAGACCCAGCUGAGAGACAAGGAGAGCAGGGAGCAGGGACUGCAGCAGCGCGUGGCCGAGGAGCGGUUCGCCCUGGUGCAGGGUACAGCGCGUGAGGCCGAGCGGAUGGUGCAGGAUGCCCUGGCUCGUAUGGAGGAUCCCGCUCACAUCAGCUGUACUGGCUCAGCGGAUUGCCUGCUGUCCAGGACGCUGGCAGCCUCCGAGUGUGCAGAGCAGCUGCAGGACGCACACAGCAAAUUCCUUUCCGACCGUACAGCCGUGGGCUCCCUCCUGCCCUGCCUGGGCCUCUUCGCCCACCUGGUCAGCGAGACCCUCCUGCAGGGCAGCGCCACCUCCCACCUGGCCCCCAUGGAGCCCGCCGACCGGCUGCUGGAGCUGUGCCGGCAGUGCGGCAGCGAGGCCGUCAGCUACCUCAGCGCCCUGCAAGACCCAGGGACAGUGGAAAGUGCCGACUGCAGCCCGGUGACAACCUGCCUGGGCCGGAUCAGCACCAUCGGGGAGGAGCUGCGCCCCAAAGGGCUGGAUGUCAAGCAGGAGGAGCUGGGCGAUCUGGUGGACAAGGAGAUGGCAGCAACAGCGGCAGCCAUCGAAACGGCAGCCGCCCGCAUUGAGGAGAUGCUGAGCAAGGCACGGGCUGGUGACACUGGGGUCAAACUGGAAGUGAAUGAGAGGAUCCUGGGCUCCUGCACGGGCCUCAUGCAGGCCAUCCAUGUCCUGGUCCUGGCCUCCAAGGACCUCCAGAGAGAGAUCGUGGAGAGCGGACGGGGUGCAGCAUCCCCCAAGGAGUUUUACGCCAAGAAUUCCCGCUGGACCGAGGGUCUCAUCUCCGCCUCCAAGGCCGUGGGCUGGGGUGCCACCGUCUUGGUCGAUGCUGCCGACCUGGUGGUGCAAGGCAAGGGGACGUUCGAGGAGCUGAUGGUCUGUUCCCGGGAGAUCGCGGCCAGCACCGCCCAGCUGGUCGCAGCCUCCAAGGUGAAGGCGGACAAGGACAGCACCAACCUGUGCAAGCUCCAACAGGCCUCCCGGGGCGUCACCCAGGCCACAGCCGCUGUGGUGGCCUCCACCAAGGCUGGGAAGUCACAGGUGGAGGAGAAAGACAGCAUGGACUUCUCCAGCAUGACACUCACCCAGAUCAAGCGUCAGGAAAUGGACUCACAGGUGCGGGUGCUGGAGCUGGAGAACCAGCUGCAGAAGGAGCGGCAGAAGCUGGGGGAGCUGCGCAAGAAGCACUACGAGCUGGCGGGAGUGGCGGAGGGCUGGGAGGAGGAUGAUUAGCACCCGCAGUGGGAGCAGCCCGCAGAGGAGACCCCACCGGUGGGCUGGACAUCAACUUGGUGCAGUGUUUUGGGGAAGAUCCACAAAAAAAACAGUGCAAAAGCCACCCCAAACCACAGGUCCCCCACGUCCCCCUGCCAAGAGCUGCCUCCAGCACCGCAGCACCGAGAGCCGCCGGGAGCGAGGGCUGGCCAGCCCAGCCGCAAACCGCACGUGUAUUUAUUAGAGCUGCUUGGGGCUUGGGGGGGUCUCCAGGGUGUCUUUAACCCUUUAGUUUUGUUUUUGCACAGAUCUUUGGAACUCUUGGAGCCAGCUCUGGCAGAGCGAGAACAGGCGGGUUUCUUUCGCCUCUCGCUGCUUCUCCAGCCUUAACCCGCUCCCUGGCUUGGUGCGAAUGUCCCCCCAUGCAAAGGAGCCUGUUGGGGUACCAAGGGCUCCGGGGGUGUCACCGGGUCAGGGGACAGCUUUUGGGGUGCUGCUGGGCUUGGUGCUAAGUGUGCUCCCCCCUCUGGCGGGGGCACCGAGUGCCUUUGGCUGCUGCAGGGUGGGGGGAACGUUCCCGUGGGACCAGGUGCCGGCGGUGAGUGGGGAGCGGGGCAGGCAGCAGGAGGGUGCUGCCCUGAGCUCCUGCCUCCCCAUCCCAGGUCCCCAAACUGUCCCUGGAGCUGGGCUGCCCUACCCCGACAGAUCACUGUGUUCAGGCCAGCAAUAAACCCUCUGCAAGGUGCUGGGCACGGGUUUGGGCAGCUGUGGUGCCACCACACAAGCCACCAGCUCCUGGGGACAUGGGGUGGCUCUGGGGCAGCAGCACAGAGGGUUUUGGGGGCAGCUGGGGUGCCCCAAAACCACAGCACCCCGAAGCCGGAGCAAGCAGCUCCCCAUGCUCACUCACUCUAGGGUGGUGCCACCUCACUCUGGGGUGGUGCCACCUCCAUGUCCUCUUUGGUACCCAGGGCACCGUUGCCAAUGUGGGUGGGGGUGCCAGGUGAGGAGCCUCUGUGCCUUGGAGUGGGGGGCUCGGAGCGUGGGGGGCACUGCCAGCUCCGGGCCCCUGGCUUGGCUUCCUGUGGUGGGGACGGUGGCAUCACAUGGUGCAGCGAUGUCCCCGUCCCCCACGCCUGUCCUCAUGGGCUUGCUGGCUCACAGCCACCCUUGCAGGGUCAGGGUGGCCUUUCUGGCCUGGCAGCGUGCCUGCCUGCACCCUGCCUGCACCCUGCCUGCACCCUGCCUGCAGGCAGCUGCUGCCUCUUGGUGGGAGCCAGCCCGAGCAGCCCCCUCAGGGUGCUGAUGUUGCAGGAUUUGGCCUUUCUACCUUUAGGGAGUGGUGGCAUCACCCACUGUGGCUGGGCUGUCGCUGCCUGCUCUCCCGGUGGCGUCUGUCAGCCCUCAGCUGGCCCUCGAGCACUGGGACCUGGCUGUGUCCCCCGCCCAGCCAGCCCAUCACCAUGGCCUCAGGGCUGCCACCCGCGCCAUGCAGGAGAGCACAACCAUCCACCGUGCAGGGGCCCGCUGUCCCCACGUCUCCCGCCUGCCAACGCGCCCAGCUCCGUGCCCCAGCCUGACGGGGGGUCUUGGGGCUCCCCGCCCAGGGCUCUCGCUGCCUCCCACCCCCUGCAGCCGUACCCAGCCUGUGCCGGCUCCCCCCGGAUGCAAUACCAACCAUCUCGGUGCUGCGGGACACAGGGAGCCCCAGUACCCCCCCUUGCUCUUUUUUGGGGGGUCUUGCCUGCACGGGGUGCUCCCAACUACCUCAGGCCUCCAGGCGGGUCAGGGCUGGGGGUGGUGAGGGGCCAGGGCAGGGGCGUGGGGACAGUCACACCGCUCUCAGCCGAAACCAGUUCCCCUCCUUUUUCUGUCUCUCCCGGGCGCUGACGGGGGGUGUCACCGCCCCCUCACGGUCCCUGGUGCUGGCGGCUGGUGACAGGGACAGCGGGGGUGCCCCUCCACUGCAGGUUGGGUUGAUUUCUUUUUUGUCAUUGUACAAUAAUAAUUACUAAGUCAUGUGUUUUGGAUUUUUCAAUAAAGCCUUCAGCCCAGC